AUGAAAUCUGGGAAUGACCGCGACAGUAUUGCGAAAGCUGAGGGAAUCAUUGCCUUUGAGAUGGAAGCUGCCGGGGUUUGGGACAUGUUCCCUUGCCUUGUCAUCAAAGGAGUGUGCGAUUACGCCGACAGUCACAAGAGUCAGGAAUGGCAAAGAUUUGCUGCUGCGACGGCAGCUGCGUGCGCAAAGGCUUUUCUGCAGGACUGGUCAGUCACUGAUUGA